CCUCGCUCGCAGGCCCCGCCCCCUCCGGCCCCCGGCCGGGCAGGGCCGGGCAGCCAUUUUGGGCAGAGCUUUGUUAUGGUUCUGGGGCCGCAGAAGGCAGCGGGAGAGGCCUGGCCGUGACUACAGUUCCUGUCUCACCUCUUUGAUGGAAGAGGACUAUGACCCAGAAGUGAACUCUCUACUGUAGAACAAGAAGCUCUUGUGGAAUAAUUUGUCUCCCUUUAAAAGCAGUACCCAGUCUAGAAAAAAUAGAGUAGAAGAGAUUAUUUUUUGACCUAGCAUUUUUCUGUUCAUAUGACCUAUAUUUCAGCAUGUAAAUGGUGAAAAACAGGAAUAUAAACAUUUGUGCCUGCUUUUGAGCUUUUACAUCAAGUAGUGCUUAGCUUUGUGGAGCAUUAACCAAGCUACGUGAAGUCUAGAGUAUAACCUAACAUUCAUUUAAAAAAAAAAAAACUAUACUUUUUUUUUUUUUUUUUAGCCAAUGUAUCUGGUAAAAAUGAAGUUUAUCUUUUAAGAGCACUUUGGCGGAUGCUUCUUAUUUAGAUCUGAGCAUUUGGGGCAAGCUUUUUCAUACGUGUUGAUCCUUUCUUCAGAGUGUUUGGGCUGAUCUGCUGCAGACCAUGAGCUGCCCAGCAGACUUGGGUGUACGUGUUCAGUGUUAACCAUGGCGCUGUUCUGAAUGCUGUCAUUCAGGCUUGGCAAACCUUUUUGUAAUGUAACUGACUUCUGUAGUAGCACAACUAGAGGAUAUUUAAUGAGGUGAACGUGGUCGUGGCUUUUUUUAAAAUAUAAAUUACCUUCUUAGGUUGUUUUUUUUUUUGUAGUGAGAGUGCAAAAAGAGGUUAAAAUGAGCAGCUGAGGGGGUGGAGGGUACAGUUGGCACGAAGUGCGGCCUCUCGUGCUCUGCUUUGAGACGCACUAUUGCCUCAAGGCUGGCCUUAGAGUAUACUGGAGAAGAAAGGAACCAGAAGGUUGUUGAAGCAAAGGAAAAGUGAGAACAUUGGACUGGAGAGGCCAAACUCUGGAUCCUGGCCAUGAGGUUUGAUGCCUCAUUUUAUUGAAGGGAGACACUGGACCUAAAUGGCGCAGCAUGACUUUGUUCCUGCCUGGCUUAACUUCUCAACACCACAGUCAACCAAGUCCCCUGCAGCCACCUUUGAGAAACAUGGAGAGCAUCUUCCACGGGGAGAAGGACGCUUUGGGGUGAGCCGAAGGAGACACAACUCUUCUGAUGGAUUUUUCAAUAAUGGGCCCCUCCGAACUGCAGGAGACUGCUGGCAUCAGCCAUCCCUUCUCCGCCAUGAUUCUGUAGAUUCUGGUGUUUCUAAAGGAGCUCAUGUUGGGCUUUCUGGCAGUCAGCCUGGCUGGCAUGGUCCCUCGCGGGGCCAUGAUGGCGUGAACCAGCGUGGUGGAGGAGGAACUGGAGUUCAUCGCCACUGGAAUGGCAACUUCCAUUCGCGGAAAAGUUCUGCCUUUCAAGAAAAGCUGCCUGUUGAAGCCAGGGAAGAGAAGAAGGAAGACAAAGAGCAUUUGCAAUUUGAGGAAGAAGAUUUUCCAUCUUUGAAUCCAGAGGCAGGAAGACACAACAACCAGAACAAACCUUUAGGGACACCUUCCGGAGUUUGGGAAAACCCCCCUAGUGCCAAGCAACCUACCAAGAUGCUGGUCAUCAAAAAGGUUUCAAAAGAGGAUCCUGCUGCUGCCUUCUCAGCUGCAUUUACAUCACCUGUUUCUCACCUGGCAAAUGGCAACAAAGCCACCACCAUUGUCCCAAGUGUCUACAAAAAUCUGGUUCCUAAACCUGCAGCUCCUCCUUCCAAGCCAAGUCCAUGGAAAGCCAACAGGAACGAACACAAGCCAGGCUCGCUUUCCUCCAGCCGUGACUCUGCCUUUACCAGUCCAGUGUCUGUAACCAAACCAGCGGUACUGGCAAGUGGCUCAGUCCUCACCUCUCCCAAAGAGAGUCCUUCCAGCACCACCCCUCCUAUCGAGAUCUGCUCUUCACGCUUGACAAAGCUGAUGCGUCGCACCACUGAUAAGAAGAGCGAAUUCCUGAAGGCACUGAAAGAUGAUCGGAAUGGGGAGAUAACAGAGAGCAGAGAAUGUGACAAGCUGGAUGAUAUGGAGAGCAACAGCACACCAGAACCAAAGGAAAACUGGGAAGAGAAUUGCCAUCAAAAUGGCCUUUCUCUCCCCUUGCCAGAGGAGGGGGAAAACCUCUCUCAUUCAUUGGAAGCAGAACACAGGUUAUUGAAAGAAAUGGGAUGGCAGGAAUAUCCUGAAAAUGAUGAGAAUUACCUUCCCCUCACAGAGGAUGAGCUCAAAGAGUUCCAAAUUAAAUCAGAGCAGCGAAGAAGAAACGGAUUUGGGAAGAAUGGAUUUCUUCAGGGCCGCAGCUCCAGCCUGUUGUUCCACUGGAGAAGCACUUUUAAGACAAAGAUUGAGGACUCGGACACAGAAACCAGUAGCAGCGAGACUUCAGAUGACGAUGCCUGAGAGUGGGCACGAGAAAAUUAAAAUAAAUAAAACCAACCCAAUAAACUCAGUUCGUAGUUCAA